AUGUCUGCCACCCACGCCGCUCUACAGCGGUCGCUAACGAGGCCGCCCCCGCCCCCGCCGCCCCCUGCCACCGCGGCGCCGCUGAUCAAAGACGCCGCCCCGGCGGCUAAUCAGCGGUCGGCCCGUGUCUCCGCCGAAUCUAAUAGCCGCCCCCGCAUCCCGGGCGCCACCCAGCCAGCCGGAGCGCCUCAUUUGCAUUCUCGGCAGUCGCCUAGUUUGGCUGCACUCCGCGCCUCCUCGGAACCCGCUCGUUUCCGACCGUCUCCAUUAAAACGCGCCGCACAUCCGGCGACCAGGCGAGCACUCCAUAGCGGCGGGGGCGGAAGCGUGGGGGCGGCAGCUGCGGCCGCGCCGCGGUUCUCUGCGGACGCGCGGACAGCUUUGCACCGCGGCCUGCCCGGCGACUCCCCCACGGCGCAUAACAAUCGCGGCGCCAGCCAGACAAUAAAAGUGGCACGGCCGGUGGCUCCCUGCCCUCGCCGCGCGGACCCAGAUUACAUUUAA